GCCCCUGUUUAAUUUUCCAACCAAGGCCACUUUGCUAAAUACUGGGCCCAAGACAACUUUUCAACUGGGACAAAAGAGGGACCUUCUUCUGACCGAGCACUGCGUGGAGAAGGCAGCUUGUCUGGGUCUCUGGCACGUGCAGCUGAGCAAAUGCCAGGGUGGCAGUUUCGAGCAUAGUUGAAAAAUUGCAGUUUGUCUGUGCAUAUGUUUGGACUCUUUCCAUGUUGUCCUGUUUACAAGUUAACCUAAGUUGGGGUGUUUGUCACGGGUCUUCUUGUUUUUGUAUUUAAAUAAAUAAAGCAGAAAACUGUCUUGCAACAGUUUUGCUGCAGAUAGUUAUAUCCUCAUGUGUAAUGUGCGUGCCUACUGGCAAGCACUUUAGUAAAUUAUCAACUCACCGCUGUGAACCUGCCAACUUGCUAUAACAACUCUGCUUUAAAAAAAGUGUUUGUGAUCAGGCUUUCUCUUUGUCAUCGUAUGUGCAUGCAAUAUGAUCAGUUGAACAAUAACCAUCAAUAAAGUUUCACAAGAUUUGAAAACAAAGUUUCUGUAGCAUUUAUAUCUAAGAAUGAAAAAUAAAUUAUCUUUAAAAUUGAAACAGAGAAAGAAAGAGACUGUAUUAACCAAUGAAAAAUGGGGCAGUAACAUAUAUUUAUACAAGUGAGGGAAUGAACUAAAAUUUAUUAAGAGUUCAAUCCUCACAUUUAUUAUCUAAGAUAUACGAGACAAGCCUCCUAUUUAAAGAAAAACAAAUAUAUUUCAUUUAAACAGCAAGAUAAAGCACCUUGAAAAAUGUUUACCAAGUGUUAGGCUUCCGGUUGAAAAUGUAGAUGAUACAUCUUUUGGAAUUGCACACACCAAGUGUCUAAUGUGGAGAGUAAUAGAAUUUAUUUGCAAUUUUAAUUUUCAUGAGAUGGCUUUACAACUCCCAGUCCCCCAAAUGAUGAUAUGGCGUUUUAGUCUAUUCAGAUAAUCUUGAAAGGUUGAGGGUGCAGCCCAUAUUAGAAACUAUUUUGUUUAUGAAGCUCCUACAGUAUUCCUAUUAGUCAUUUUAAAAUGUAUGUCUGAAAUAGUUAUGUAAGAAAAGCGUUUGAAAUUUUUUUACAAUAUAUAUUGGGAAUGUUUUCACUUAUAUAAAUAACUACUGAUAAUAUGACUUAUGAAAAGAAAAUGAUUACUACCAUCUGUGAAAUAUAGUGACUUCUAAACAGAUUAAAAGAAAAAAUAAUAAUAAUAAUAAUACAAAAACCUACAAACCCAGAAAAUGUGUAUAUCUGUCUUUAGAAAUUAGUGUUUAUAUCACUACCGUGAUUUGUGAAUAAAGAAAAAAAAAAUGGUUUGUAAUAUCAAAAUAAAAGCUUAGUCUGAAAAGGUAAAAA